AUGGAUUUCUAUGGUGACUUAGAUAUUGAGAUAAAGCAAGGCAGUGUCCAAACUUUGUCAGUGAGCUUUUGGAACAAGGUUGCAUGUGAGUAUAGCGACAUUGAUCCUGAUUCCACAUUGCUUGUUGUAAUUGAUAUGUAUUGGGAUAUCAGAAGGCUUCCUAUGAUAGUUUCAGUCAUUAACCAGCCAAGUCCUCUUAGCAGUUUAUGUACUGAAGUUGCUACUAUUGAUAUGAAAUCAAGUCAGUUGUUGAUAUGUAGUACUGAAAUUGAUGUGACUAAUGUGACUAAUGGUCCUGAUUCUCAAACCAAUGAUCCUUGGGGUGAAAAUGAUGAAAUAGAGUAUGUUGGUGUAGAUGAUGAACCUGUUGAACCCGUUGAACUUACUUCUAACAUUGGGUUUGAUUACAUUCCUGACACAGAUGAAGAAGAUAAUGAUGACUGUGCUAUUGAUGAUGAGGAAGGUUGUGAUGUGGUUGAGCAUAUAACUAACUUAGAAAACCCCGAGAUUGUUGUUGGUGUGACAUUUGAAGAUAGAGACACUUUCAUUAGAGCUAUUAGACAGUAUGCUAUUCUGAAUGAGGUUGAAAUUGUAGCUCGUUAUAAUGAAGGAAAGAGGUAUAGAGCACAUUGUAAAGGCAAGAAGUGCAAGUGGAGAAUACAUGCAUCACAAUUGCAAGAUGAAAGGACAUGGCAUAUUAAGAAGAUGCCUAACAAGCACUAUUGCAAGAGCACAAGUAAAGUAGAGAACAAUUGCAUGGCUAAUCAAUUUUGGGUUAGGGAUAGAGUUAUCCAAUGGUUGAGGCAAGAUCCCACAACUGGACCUUCUGCUUUGAAGAAUAAGUUGGAGGAGAAGUACUUGAUCAAGUUGUCAUAUUGGAUUGUCUACAAUGGCAGGGGGUUAGCACAUGAUGAGAUCUUGGGCAAAUGGGAGGAUAGUUUUGACUAUGCUUUUGCAUUCAAGGCAGAGAUAGAGAGAAAGGCCCCUGGCAGCAUAGUAGAGAUAGAUUAUGAAAAGGUUGGGUCCAAAAUGAGGUUUAGCAGGAUGUUUGUCGCUUUGAGGCCAUGUAUUGAUGGAUUCAAAAAUGGGUGCAGACCAUAUUUGGGCAUUGACUCUACUGCUCUUACUGGAAGGUGGAAGGGGCAGCUAGCUGCAGCUAUAGGCAUUGAUGGGCACAAAUGGAUGUUCCCCGUGGCAUAUGGUGUAUUUGGGUUAGAGACACAAGAUAAUUGGGGCUAG